AUGGGUGGAGACGGAAAAUUGGGGUUCGGCAUUGUAAUCGGAAGGUCCGACAAUGGUUUGGAUAGAAGACAAGCAUUUGUAGCAAUGAUAUGCGAAAGAAGUGGCAUGUACCAACCAAGGCUUAGGAACUUUAAACGAGAUGACACGAGAUCGAGGAAAUGUGAAUGUCCAUUUAAAUUGCGCGGAUACCAUAUGGGGGAUGAGACAUGGAAAUUUAAUAUGAUUUCUGAGGAGAGGGAACUCGUUUUAGACAUGACAUUAAAGAUGGUGUCGCUGAAAAACAUACUCGCAACUUUGAAACGCAAAAAAUCUCUAAAUGUUUCAAAUAUUAAGAAAAUAUACAACGCGCAUGCUUGA